CAAGAUAUGGGAAUCACUGGAUUAUGGAAAAUUGUAGAACCAACGGCAACAGAGAUUCCUUUGGAAUGUUUAGAAGGAAAAAAAUUGGCAAUUGAUGUUUCAAUUUGGAUCUAUCAGGCUCAACUCGCAUAUCCAUCGGAUCAACCGUUUCCACAUCUGCGUCUCCUUGUAAAUCGUCUCUCUAAACUUUUAUUCUACAAAAUUCGUCCUGUUUUCGUGUUUGAUGGACCACAAGUACCACCUCUCAAACGUCAAGUCUUAGAAGCGAGACGGCAAAAAAGACAGAAUGAUGAUGAUAUUCUUAAGAAUUCGAAGAAAAUGGGAAAAUUAAAGGAAAUUGCCAGUGGUGGUCUUGAUGACGUGGCACUUGCGAAUGCAAUCAAAGAAGUUAUAAGUCCAUCGAAAAAAGUAAUUCUGAACGACAUUUAUAAGGAUAUUCCCUCAACAAGCACAUAUUUGGAUAAACCUUCUGCACAUCAAAAUGAUCAGCUUGUUUAUGGAAAUAUUGAAGAUUCAGAUUCAGAUGAUAGUGAUAUUAUUAUUGUACCUACUGUAAAAGAAGAACGAAUUUCGAAACAAUUUACUUCUCGGAAACUGGAAAUUCAAAGUCUCGUGGAAAAAAGAGAGAUCAUGAGAAAUAGCAGAUUACGGCCUGAUAUGAUUCCACAAGAUUCGAAAAGUUUCAGCAAUUUUCAAAUGCAGCGUCUACUCAGAAGAGGUCGUCUGAAUGCAGAAAUUGAACAAUUAGCCAAGUCUACAACAACCUCCACAGGUGGAUACUCUUCUGAUAAAAUCAACGUAACUGGACCAGAUGGAACUUCUCACAUUUUAAAAUAUGCACAUAGUGAUGAGAUUCAAGAAGUUCGCCCAGAAUUAAAACGAGAUAUCGAUAGUCUUUAUCAAGAACCUUUAUCAAUGACACUUGACUUUUUCAAUGUAGAAUAUGGUGGAAAGAAAUUAAGCAGAGAAGUGACACCUGAUGAUGUACGAGAAGAGAUUGUUGACAGAUUAGAGGAACGUUUAAUUGACAAGAAAGAAAGAGGAUAUCAGAGUAAAUCGGGAAUGUUGGAAGCAAUUGCGAGAAAAAGAAUUCGACAACAUUAUGGUACUGAAACUGUAGAAGAUAAGAAAGAGGAAGAAAAAAGAAAAAAGGAACAGAGAAUAGAAGAUGAUAUGAUUGAAGUCAGCGACGAUGAGAUGGUUCUUCAAGAAGUUCUACUUGAAACAGCUGCAAAAUCAUUGGAUAAGAGAAUGGCUAGCUUGGAGAAACACAAGGUUCCAAGUGAAGAUGAGGAGAUUGAAUGGGAUCCUCAACGAUACGAUAAGCCAUCAACAUCUUCUGCUCCUGCUCUCAUGGAAGAUUAUAUUCAUUUGAACUAUAGUGAUGAGGAUGAUAAGACGCCUGAAUUAUAUCGUGAUCUUCAAGAAUUUCUUACAAAUGCAGGCAUUCCGUGGAUCGAAUCGCCUGGUGAAGCGGAAGCUCAAUGUGUUGAGCUGGAGAGACUUGGAUUAGUUGAUGGUGUCGUUAGUGAUGAUAGUGAUGUGUGGGCGUUUGGAGCACAACAUGUAUAUCGUCAUAUGUUUUCUAAGAAUCGGAGAGUACAACGAUAUGGAGAGCAGACAACAGCGAAUAGAGAUAAUUGCAAACUUUUUUGUCUCCAACGUGAGGACUACAUUUCAAUUGCUCUGCUCUCUGGGGGUGAUUAUUGUGCAGGACUUGUAAAAGUUGGAGCCAUUGGUGCACUUGAACUGGUGUCCGAGUAUGUUGAAUGUAGGAUUGAUAAUACAAAUGAUCUUAAAGUCAUUGAGAACAGGAUCAUGAGGCUCCUUAAAAACGUGGAAAGUUUGUUCUUAACUGCUCCGGAUGAUAAACGAGUUGCUAGUCGAAAUGCAAUGAUGUUGAGAAGACAUGUAACUGAAGCAAACGAUAUGGAGAAUAUCAAAUGUGUGUGCUCUAAUCAAGACGCUGUGCAUGCCUACCUUCAUCCCAUCGUUGAUUCAUCAUCAGAAAAACUUCGAUGGCGCCAGAUGAAUAUUCCAUUGAUCCGUCGAAUUCUUCAUCAACGCCUUCAAUGGCCUGAUCGCAAACAGCACAACGAAGAGCAGAAUUCAUUUGACGCUUUCGAAAAAUGGAAUAAUUUUCUAAAAUCCGGUGGACAAAGCCAAAUGCGAUUAGACCGAUUUUUCGCACAGAAAUUGGAUAGUUCUCUCGAACUAAAAUGGUCGAAAAAAAUUGUCGAGGCGCUGGACAAAAUUGGACAACGUGUAGCGGGAACUAUGAAAAACAAUGAAAUGUCAAAAGAAAAGAAAGUUGAUAAACAAAUCAAGAAGAGCAAAACAGCUGUGAAACGUGUAACUCGUGCCAGAGGAAUAGGUCGCGGGAAAGGAGGAGCACUUCUUGUACCAGCUAAUAGUAAACUGAAUCUAUCUGAGGAAAGCAGUUCUAAUGAUUCUUUUGAUGAAUUUUAGUUUUUAGCUAAUUUAUCUAUUGAAAAUAAAUAAAAAUGUUGCAUUUU